AUGUCCACGGAAGAAAACCCAACGGUUGCGUACCUUGAUAUUACUGUCCGAUACGGACGAGAAAACAUCGAUGUUUCCCUCCCUCUCGCUCCCAACAGCUCCACUAUAGGUGAGCUGAAGAAAAUAUUGGAGCAGCGUACCCUAGUUCCCUAUGUGAAGCAACGACUCCUUUUUAAUGCCCCGAUUAUGAAGGAAUUUCGACGCGACGCGGAUGAUGCCAUGGAGCUGCGGGUCUUGCUCCCGAAUUCGUUUAUCCGGGCGACGGAAGCCCAUACCGGUGGCGUCGCACAGCAUUUCAGGGUGACCGCGAUGCUUUUAGGCAGCCGGGGCACGGCGGCGAUGGUGGAUAGCAAAACGAGCUCGGAGAUCUCGAGGCUCGUUUCUACCACCCUCGAGUUCGAUGGCCAGUGGUAUCGCUGUUGUUAUGGUAAAGGCUACCUCCGGCAGACGGCGUAUGUCUGUCGGACGUGUGUCAAAACGGGCAGGGCCGAUGCCGCCCACGCCGUUUGUUUGGCCUGCGCGGAGAUCUGCCACGGCAAUCACGAAGUCGAGGAGUGGGGGGUGCGGCAUUUUAUGCGCUGCGAUUGCUGCACGAAAAAGUGCUGGAGGCCGACCACCGGCGAGGACCUGGCGAAUGACGCGAUGCCCUCGCCGCCGACGGUCGGGGUGGUGAGCGCGGCGGAUUUGCUGAAGCGCACGCAGUUGCGAAAGCGCUCCCGUUCGAAUAGCCCGGGCUCCUCCCACGCGCCGUCCUUGCCGCUCAAAGUCGAACCACAUGAGGCCGGGGUCUCCGCGACGAACGAGGAGGCGCCGCCGCCGGACCACCCCAUAGGGAUGCCUCCAAGUCCUCGCGGCGGGCCCCCUCCAGUCGGCGCGGAGAAGGGCAUGAAGCCGGGCGCCCCCGCCCCCGUAUCCCUUCCCGAGGCCUCGCGCUGCAUGUUUAUCGUGGAUAGCGCGACGAACAAGCCGCCGGUGAGCGCGCUCCUUCCGGUGAAUCGGAAGAAUCGCUACCCACGCAGCCCCACCACGUGGUGUUACUGUGAGCGGGAUUACCCGAACGAUUCGGACUACGGCGGGGUGGUCUGCAUGCUCUGCACGACGUGCUUUUGGAGCGCGCACAUCACGAGGUUGUUUGCCGAUCAGUACCGCUACAUGCCCUGCUACGGUGACGUCCUGCAAGGCAACGUCUUGGCGUUUAAAUGCAACACCUGCAAUACCUACGUCUGCACCCCUUGCCGGCUGCGCUGCCAUAAGGACCACGCGAUCGAGCCGGGUUUCGUGAUUCCCGAUCACGACGACGGCGCCACCAACGGCGCGUCGCCAGGGGUGAAGUUCAGCUGUGGCUGCGCGGGUUUAUGCAGCAUCGCGGAACGCGUUCCCGAAGACGAGGUCGACCACCCGGACCUGUACAUGCCGAUGCCCGAUGAUGUUCGGAUUGAGAUGAUGAACAGCGACGUCUUCAUGGGGAUGGUCUGUGCGCACUGCAUGCAGGAAUACCCGUGGUUGAUGCAGGGAAACCCGAAGCACUGCUACGAAGGUCGGUUGCCCCCGAAGGUGACGACGGGCCUUAAGCCUGUCGUCGCGUGCAACGAGAGUCGGCCGAUCAACGAGCUGCCAUCGGAUGUUUUCCCCUAUCAUGGCAUGCUGCUGCCGGUGAAUUCCUUCACGGCGGAGGCGACUUGUCGUUGUGCGGCUUGUCGGAGGGCCUAUGAGGAAUUCGCGCCCCGCGCGGAGGACGCGACGGAGAUGAUUAUCGCUCUGCACGACCACUGCGAUAACUGCGGCGUUGCGUUGGAGAAUGGAAAGGCGUUUCUCUGUCGAACAUGCGAGAUGACGAUGGAGGAGACGUUUUUUAUCUGCAAAGCCUGCAACGCCCUGCGGGAGGCACGAAUGUUAGAGGAACCACCGGAGCCACCAGAGUCGCCACAGGGAAAGGGGGAGGAGGAUACGGAUGCGACCAAUGCCUCAACGCAUGGCGGGAGCGCUGGGGGUGCGGCAACGGGGUCGUCUUCACGGUUUCAACGCCCCCACGUCUCGGUGUCGACAUCCUCCCCCCCAACGAGUCCACACCAACCGGAAGGCGAACCUGACGGGACCAGACUCACUGCCUACAACCACGAUCUUUCUCAUGAAUUUGUCGAGGACACCUUCGAGAACCUUAUAUCGCUUUGCCAAAUGCAGGUCCUGCAAACCAUCGAUGAGCCUUCGCGCCAGUACGUGGAGGAGAACUUUGAGGAUGUAACGGAGGGGUUCUCGCUGACGAACACCCUUGCCGCUUCCUUUGCGCAGAUGCCUUUGAAUUUUGAUGAGGAAGACAUGCAGGCGUUAGAGAAGGACAAUGUAUCGUCCCCUUGCCAUAAGAACCCGGAAAAGUAG